GGUGGAAGGAGGCGCUUGAGCAGAUGCACUUUUCUGCUCAAAUUGAUCAUUUUAAAGUACUUCUUCACUAAAUAUUUCAGUUUUAUUCUGCGCUGCGACUGGGCGAAACGUGUGGUGAUAAAACUUAAGAGUAGCGAAAUACUAUAGACAGCAGAGGAGGAGACACAUGUCAUGGACAGAAGAGGAAGUGGAUAUUGAGAGGAGACAAAGAGGAUCUCGCCGAGCAGUACUGUAACGAAGCACAAGGAGGGAGAGACGACUGGAGACGAGGAUCAUCAUCAUGAUGGCAGGAGCAGGAGCUGAACACCCUUCAGUGUCACUGCACAGCCUCCCAUGUGAAUCACAGUGUUUUGGGGACACGGUGACCUCUUACUCUGAGGACUCAGCAGCACUCGUGGAUAUGUGUGUAAAAAGUGAGCCUGAAGAUGAGCACAUUUCCCAGCCUGAAUAUUGUACUGAGGUUCAGGGCUUCGGUGCUGAAGAGAUGGGCUCAGGGCUGCACCUGGAUACUGAGCACAUUAAAUCUGAGGGUGAACUGGUCAAUGUAAAGGAAGACAAAGGUGAUCUACAGCACUGCUGUACUAGCGAGGGGCUCAGUCCUCCAUCGGUGCUGAACGUUUCUGCUUUGGAUUUAUCCAAACAAUACAAAUUGGAGACUGAACAAGUGAAGGUAGAGCAGUAUCCUCAGUUACAGGAACCUUCUUGUGCAGAGAAGGAUGUUAAUGAAGGUGCCGGUUAUGGUGUCAAGGAAGAGAGUGAAGGUUUACAGGAGGUUGGAAUCAGCGCUUCUCUUUGUCCUGUGUCUGACCAGUAUAAGUCGGAGAGAGAUGAAAUGAAUGUAGAACAGCAUUUUGAGUUAGAAAUAUCAUCCAGAACAGAGAGAGCAGUUAAGGAAGCUGAAGAUGACCUUUUACAGAAGAAUUCUGUGGAACCGGACAACAGUUUGUUUACUGUAAGAGGUGAUGUCAAAUAUUGUUGUAUGGAGUGCGGAACAAGUUUUUCUCGAAGCUGUCAGUUAAAACGACACCAGCAUUUUCACUGUAGAAAACAACGUAAACAGAGUCAGUGUGUGAAGAUUUUGUCCCAAGGAGCUGGGAUGUACCAGCUUGCUAAUUCUGAGAAGAAAUUUAAGUGCAUCACAUGUGGAAAGAUUUUUUCUUGUCAAAAUGAUUUUAAAAAACACAAGUGUGGUGACUCUGGUGAAAAUCUAUAUAAAUGUAGUGAAUGUGAGAAGAGUUUUGCUCAAUCCAGACACUUAAAAAGACACCAACGUACUCAUUCUUGUGAGAAAUCCUAUAGGUGCAGUCAAUGUGGAAAGAGUUUUUCCAAAAGUGGAAACUUAAAAAAACAUCAGCUUGUUCAUUCUACUGAGAAACCGUAUACGUGCAGUGAAUGUGGGAAGAAUUUUUCCCAAACAUGUAACUUAAAACAACACCAGCGUGUUCAUUCUGGUGAGAAACCUUAUAAAUGUAGUCAGUGUGGCAAGUGUUUUUCCCAUAGAAUUACCUUAAAAAUACACCAGCGCAUUCAUUCUGGUGAGAAACCAUAUAAAUGCAGUGAAUGUGGAAAGAGUUUUUCCCAAGCAGGCACCUUAAAAGAGCACCAGUAUAUUCAUUCUGGUGAGAAACCAUAUAAAUGCAGUGAAUGUGGAAAGUGCUUUUCCCAUGUACGUUCCUUCAAGCACCACCAGCGUGUUCAUUCUGGUGAGAAACCAUACGAGUGUAGUCGGUGUGGGAAGUGUUUUUCCCAAAAAGGUACCUUAAAAAAACACCAGCACGUUCAUUCUGGUGAGGAACCAUUUGAAUGUAGCAAGUGUGGCAAGUGUUUUUUCCAGAAAGUGAACUUAAAACAGCUCCAGCUUCUUCAUUCUGGUGAGAAACCAUGUCAGUGUGGUGAGUGCGCAGUCACUUUUUCCCAUCAGGGUCCCUUAAAAGAGAAUCAGUUCACUCUUUCUGAUGAGAAACAGUGUAACAUUUACAUUGCAUUUAUUAAUUUACCCAUUUAUACAGUUGGGUAAUUUUUACCAUAAAAGUAAUGAGAAAGUGCCUUGCUCAGGGUACUGCAGUAAGAGAUGGGAUCUAAACCUGGGUCUUGAGAGUGGAAGGAAGCAGCUGCUGCUCACUAUGGAUGUAGUAAAGAUGGUUUUUCUCUCAGGCUGUAUUCCAUAUGAGAACAUGCUGCAUGUUUUAAAUGUGUGUAUGUGGACAGUAAAAACUGAACAGUAAAACAGUUGUGAUGAUGCACCUGCAGUUAAUGAUGAAAAAUGUUCCGGUAUGUAAUACAUAAUUAAAACUGAUAUACAAAUAUGAGCACAGUGGACUCAAAGAAAAUAUUUUGACAAGACUAGUGUUCCUGAUGCUGUACCUCUGUCAGUGUCAGUAACUGAACCUUUUGUCUGAAGGGGACUGUGUGCCCAAGACAGUACUGCUACACUGAUGGACUCGAUCAUGUUUAAGUGUGUAAUGCAGUUACACAUGUUAUGCAGUUACUUUGUGGUUUAAAUGAGUAAAACUUGAAUUUACUG